AUUAUAACCUAUUUUGACUACGGCUUAUAAAUUCAAUAUUCAUAACUAUUAUUGUUAAUUUUUGUAAACUAAAUGAAUGAUUAGACAGGUAUGCGAAGAAGUCCAACAAUUGAAUCACCAAUGAUUCCCGACAGUAAAGAUCGGAUGGACAACCGAGGAAGUUCCUCGGAGACAAACUGUUUGGCUGUGGAUGUAGAUAUUGGGCUCUCAGACAGGGACAUACGGACAAUUCAAAAGCAGCAAUCGAAAACGUCAAAUAAAAACGACGGACCUACUGCGCCAGGGAUAAAAAAGAUGUCUUUAGCCUGCAUGCAAGCAAGCGCCGAAAGACUCUCGAAAAAUUUUGAGCGCAAAAUGUCAAAGCCAAUAAUAAAGAAGGAAAGCAAAGUGAAUGUCAAUGACAAGCAAAUAAAAAAAGUGCCGAACAUGACUUCUGCAACAGUGCCACGUCGUAGUGUGUUUGAGGUGACAAAAACGAGAUUAUUGGUCCCCUUGACUCCAGAACCUGCACGGCUGAAACAUCAAUGUAUUCAUGAAAAUACAGUUACAGUUAGCUAUAUGCCUGUCUAA